GGAAGAAAAGAUAAGUAACACAAAGGAGAUCUGGGACUUUUUGAUGAGCACAAUCCGGCUCUGACCUGACCUGGCCUGUAAGCAUAAAUCUCACAGGCUCAGAAACAGCAACAGAGGAACAUCCUAGAACAGGUUCGAACAGCUGACCAUAGAGGAACCAGACCAGCUGGAGGGGGAAGAGUAUGGAAAACAGAGGGAGCGUGACCAAACCUACAGCCUUGUGAUGUGUGACCACUUGGUAGUCAGACCACUGCAGCUACCAGCGAGGACACUACCCCAGAGCUACCAGGUCUGUCAUUCCAGAGAUCUCAGCAGCCAUGGCAUCAGCAAUUCCCGAAUGGGACAUUCAAGAGGAAACCAAAUGCCCUAUCUGCUUGGAGUAUUUCACAGACCCAGUGAGCAUAGAGUGUGGGCACAACUUCUGCCGUGCCUGUAUCACUCAGUACUGUGAGCAAAUGGCAGAAGGUGACUCUACGCCCUUGUUGUGUCCUAGCUGUCGGACCUGCUUUUGGAAAAGCCAUCUCCGGCCAAACUGGGACCUGGCAAAUAUCCUAGAAAAAAUCAAACAACUGAGUAUGAAAGGAGGAAAAGGGAAGCUGUGUUUGAGACACCAGAAAAGCCUGGAUCUAUUUUGUGAAGAGGAUGGCAAAGCUGUGUGCGUGGUUUGUGAGAGAUCCCCAGAGCACAGGUCUCACACUGUGCUUCUCAUGGAGGAGGCUGCCCAGAAAUACAAAGGUCAAAUCCAGAACUUAUUGCAGAAGAGGAAGAAAGAAAAAGAAAAGCUCCUGGGAUUGAAACUGGCUGAAGAGAGAAAAAUCCAGGAGUACCUGGAAAAGAGAAAUGGUGAAAGGCAAAAGAUUGUGUCUGAAUUUCAGCAACUGUGCCAGUUGCUGGAUGAGCAAGAGCGACUCCUAUUGGCCCGGAUGGAAGAGCUGGACAAGGAGGUUGUGAAGAAGCAGAAGGAAAAUAUCACUAAAAUCUCAGAGGAGUUUUCCCGGCUUGGUGAAUUGAUCAGGGAGAUGGAGGGGAAAUGCCAGCAGACAGCAAGUGAUCUCCUGCAGGACAUCAGAAGUACCUUGAGCAGAUGUGGAGAAGGGAAAUGCCAGCAGCCAGAGGUGACUUCUCCUGACCUAAAGAACAAACUUGACUUUUGGUGCCAGAAAAAUACUGCCGUAAAGGAGAUCCUGGGGAAAGUCACAGAAACUCUGCUAUCAGAACUACAGAAAGACUGGAGUAGGUCUCUGGAAAAGAAAACAAAACCAGUCUAUAGAAAGGUGAAGGUGACUCUAGAUCCAGACACAGCUCAUCCCAACCUCAUCCUGUCUGAGGAUCGCAGAAGUGUGAGACGAGGAACCACACGGCAAGUUGUGGCCUACAAUCCUGAGAGAUUUUAUCCCAUUCACUGUGUGCUGGGCUGCGAGGUCUUCACCUCCGGAAGAUACUGCUGGGAGGUGGAGGUCGGAGAAUGUGGAUCCUGGGCUGUUGGUGUGGCUCGAGAGUCUGUGAGCAGGAGGAGAGAAAUCGACUUUAACCCUGAAGAAGGGAUCUGGGCCGUGGGACAGUGGGGAAGGCUAUAUUUUGCUCUUGCCUCUCCUCGCACCUCCUUGCCCUUGAGCUGGUUUCCCAAGAAGAUCAGAGUUUAUCUAGACUGUGAAGGAGGCCAAGUGUCAUUUUUUGAUGCUGAUACCGAGGCCCUGAUCCUUGCUUUCCCACCAGCCCCUUUCACUGGGGAGAGAAUCUGCCCCUGGUUCUGGCUGGGGAAGGGGUCACGGCUUGACCUCUGCCCCUAGUAAGUAUCCCAGUUCAGACCCUUAAAUAGUCUCCUGUAACCUCUGAGAUGCCAGCUCUGUGUUCCUGGAGACAGAAAUGUGUUUCUGACCCCUGUGAACAAGAGAGAAGAAUGAGAUGAGGCUAGAUAAGGGUAAGGCCAAACUCUUCGUUACUUCUCUCUGAGAGUCUGGAAGCCGCUAAAGAUACUGCGGUGAAGUGGGGGAGCGUAGGAGAUGGAGAAGAGGAACCUUUUAGUCGGGGCAGGGGGGAAAAAAUUAGUCUCUAUAUCUGAGUGUUUUCUUAAGCCAAUAAAUGUUCCUUUUUGUGACUCUCACAAUGAUUGGGAAUUUUUUGUGAAUGAACUUCAUAUUUUUAGAGCUAUAAAGACCUUGAAUUGCAAUGCUUUUGUGGCUUAUGAAGGACUUUAUUUUCUAGAUAAAAUUAAAUAGACAUAGAAAUUAUCUAGCUGAUUAUUAGUAACUUUGAUGGCAAGUAAGCAGAAAAGAGGUAAAAUUGCACCUUUUUAUAUGGCUGUAUUUUAGACAAAGGUGUGUUGGGAGUUGGAGUUUUUCAUAAAAUAAUGG